AUGAGCUUCUACAGGCGACUGGAGUUUCUUGAGUCUCCCUACUCCGUCUUGUACGGGGAGGCGUCCAUCCGCAGGCCGGCGUUGCUCCCAUUCUUCUCCUCCUUUCUCUGCGAGCAGGAAGAACUGCUGGAUCUCGCCAUCGCCGCUCCGCUCGAUCUCCCCCGCCGGUGUCUCCCCCCCUACGCGCCGCCGCCGCUGGCGCCGCCACUGUCGCCGCUUGAUCUCUUCGAGAGCGCGGCGGAUCUGAUCCAGAUCGGGCGCCUGCAGGAGCGAGCGGAGGCUGAGCUCUACCUCCGGAGUCUCUCCGACCGUGUCGCCGCCCUCGAGCUAGGGUUCCACAGGGCUCCGCCGAGCUCCUCCGCCGCCGCCGGUGACCGGAAGUACACAUGGACGACGGAGAUCAAGGCCCCCCGCGGCGACGGAGGCGUCGACCGGAAGUACAAGCUGGUGGCAGAGGCGGCGGCCGGCGGCGAGAGGAAGGUCAAGUGGACGGCGGAGCUCCAGGGCAAGGACAAGGCCUCGCGCACCUACAGCUUCCAGGCCUCGUCGGCGCCGGCGGCCGGCGAAGCGGAGAAGAAGAAGAAGACGAAGAACAAGAAGAUCGCCAAGGAAAAGGAUGGCAAUGAAGGGAGGACGCGCCUGGUGGAGAUCAGCGACGGGAUAGAUCACGGCGCCGCCGUCCUCCGGCAGGUUCGUUGCUCGCCCUCGUCCUUCUCUUCCUUCCCGACGGACGAUCGCGAUUGCCCUUUCCCUCGCAUCCGACGGUCCAGAUUUCCCAGCAAUAAACAAUUUUAACCCCCAUUAUCCGCCGCUUUUGCUCGCCUCUUGAAAUGCUGAUAAAAUUGCCCCCCGGUAUUUCCGAAUUUUUAAAUCUGGAAAAAAAAUCGUCAAAAUCCUGGAACAGUUCCCUUAGUCAACGCUCGUUGGCUCGACGUUGACUUCGGAGGAACGCCUAUGAAGUCAUCGGCGUUGACUCCGGAGGGAGAUGAUCGCAGGAGCUGAACUGGAUGAGAUUUUCCCAGUAUCGGAGAAAAAAAGGUUUGAAUAAAUGAUUGAUGAUUUGGCUCUGAAGGUUUCUACUGGUUUUUGUCCUCGGUGAAGGCCUUUGCGAGGAGAGCGUGGGGGGAGGGGAAGAAGAAGGAGCUGUCUCCCAGAGAUGCGGCGGUGCUUAUCCAGAUGAGCUUCAGAGAUUACCUGAUCCGCCGCUCCCAGGUGCUGCGCGGGCUGCGGGAUCUGGCCGUGGCCAAGGCCAAGCUGAGAGAGAUCAGAGCCCUCUUCUCCAACUUCUCCUACCGCCAGCGGAUCGCCAAGGACGCGGAAGAGCGCCAGAGGUUCUCCGAGAGGAUCAUCGUCCUCCUGCUCACUAUCGAGGCGAUCGAGGUGAGUCUUCUCUGUCCGCAUCGUCGCAUUCCCGUUUGAAUGGAUGGAUCUGGGAUUGAGCGGGGGAGAAAUCGAAUAAAUCCCCUGUUUGUGGACAGGGAGCCGACUACAUGGUGCGAGCGGCCAGGAGGUCGAUGGUGGACGAGCUGGAGGCGAUUCUGGAGAUUGUGGAUCCUCAGCCACCGGGGACGUUGGGGUUCCUGAGGAGGCGGAAGUUCGACCUGCCUGGCGGCGUCGCCAGCCGGGAGAUCGCGUUGGGGGUGGCGGAGGUCGUCCAGAUGCUCAACGACGGGGAAGCCGCUGCCUGA